AUGUUGAUUAAUAUAAAGAGCAUCUUAUGGAUGUGCUCUACCUUAAUAGCAACCCAUGCACUACGUAAAGUCAAAAUGGAAAAAAGCCCACCUGUGAAGGGCUCCCUCUCUGGAAAAGUCAGCCUACCUUGUCAUUUCUCAACCAUGCCUACCUUACCACCUAAUUAUAACACCGGCGAAUUCCUCCGAAUCAAAUGGUCUAAGAUUGAAUUGGACAAGAGUGGAAAGGACUUAAAGGAGACUACUGUUCUUGUGGUUCAAGAUGGGAAUAUCAAGAUUGGCCAGGGCUACAGGGGGAGAGUGUCGGUGCCUCCACAGCCCGAGGACGAGGGUGAUGCCUCACUCACCAUGGCCAAACUGCUUGCCAGUGAUGCGGGCCUCUACCGCUGCGAUGUCAUGUACGGGAUUGAAGACACACAGGAGGCGGUGCCAUUGACCGUGGAUGGGGUUGUGUUUCACUACAGGGCGGCAACCAGCAGGUACACUCUGAAUUUUGAGAAUGCACAGCAGGCUUGUUUGGAUGUUGGGGCAGUCAUAGCAAGUCCAGAGGAGCUCAAUGCUGCCUAUGAAGAUGGAUUUGAGCAGUGUGAUGCAGGUUGGCUGUCUGAUCAGACCGUUAGGUAUCCUAUCCGGACUCCUCGAGAAGGCUGUUAUGGAGAUAUGAUGGGGAAGGAAGGUGUCAGGACCUAUGGAUUCCGUUCUCCUCAUGAAACUUAUGAUGUGUAUUGCUACGUGGACCAUCUGGAUGGUGAUGUGUUCCACAUCACGGCCCCCAAUAAGUUCACCUAUAAGGAGGCCGAGGAAGAGUGUGAAAACCAGGAGGCCCGGCUGGCGACAGUGGGGGAGCUCCACGCGGCCUGGAGGAACGGCUUUGACCAGUGCGAUUACGGGUGGCUGAUGGAUGCCAGCGUUCGCCACCCUGUGACUGUGGCCAAGGCCCAGUGUGGAGGUGGUUUACUUGGGGUGAGAACCCUGUAUCGUUUUGAGAACCAGACAGGCUUCCCUUCCCCUGAUAGCAGAUUUGAUGCCUACUGCUUUAAACGUCGAAUGAGUGAUUUGAGUGUAAUUGGUCAUCCAAUAGAUUCAGAAUCUAAAGAAGAUGAACCUUGUAGUGAAGAAACAGAUUCAGAGCACGACCUAAUUGCUGCCAUUUUACCUGAGUUAAUUGACAUAGAUAUAUACCACAGUGAGGAAGACGAGGAAGAAGACGAAGACUGUGCAAAUGCUACUGAUGUCACGACCACCCCAUCAGUGCAGUACAUAAAUGGGAAACACCUAGUCACCACUGUGCCCAAGGACCCAGAGGCGGCAGAAGCUAGGCGUGGCCAGUUUGAAAGUGUUGCACCUUCUCAGAAUUUUUCAGACAGCAGUGAGAGUGACACCCCUGAGUUUCCCAUGUCUGAAAGGGAAUCAUCUAUUGCUGUGCAGCCAAGUGAAUCUAAAGAAACCACAGAAUCGCUUGAAAUGACAUGGAAGCCUGAGACUUACCCUGAAACACCAGAACAUUUUUCAAGUGGUGAGCCUGAUAUUUUCCCUACAGUCCCAUCAUCACACAAGGGCCAAACCACAGAGGGACCAGAAUCAGUCUCGGAUAAAGGUCCUGAGCCUGAGCAUUAUAAUCUGGUGCUUGAACAUACUGAACCUGGAUCCCUCUCUUCUGAAGAGUCUUCAGGAGAUGCUGAGGUCAACCAAGAAUCCUCAGAAAUGAUCUUUUCAAGGACCACGGAAGUAACACUUGGUGAAGAGGCAGAAAAAAGUACUUCUGUCACCUAUAUUCCAAGUACAGUUCCAAGUUCUAUGUCAGAAAAUGUGUUGGAAGAAGAAUCAGUCACAUUAACAGGAAACCACAGGCCUGUUGACCCAUUGGCCACUAUGGAAAACUGGGUAGAAACAACCCCUGGACAAAUUGUAGCGCUCUCUGGGAAUCCUUCAAUUCUGAUUCUAGAAGGCUCUGGGGAAGAAGAAGAUAAAGAUCAAAUGUUCACCGAGGUAACCCAUUUAUCACAAAGAAAUAUUACCAGUACACUGGUUACUUUAGACACUGGCAAAACAAUGACCACAGACAACUUUUUUGAUGUCCCUGCAACUGCCAUUUACUUAAUUUCUGAACAACCUUCUACAGAAGUAGUGCCCACAAAAUUGGUACAGGAAACAGACACGAUUGAGUGGGCUUUUAGUACGUCUCUUGAGGGAAAGCAAAGGAAAGGUGAGGAGGAAGGAACUACAGCUUCUACAGUUCAGCUACAUAUGCCUACACAGAGAUCAGACCAGUUAGUUUUAUCCUCUGCAUUAGAAAACAUAAAUGAAGCUACAUCGAGUGAUUCAGCAUCUGCUGCCAGGAACAGUGUCAUGUACUUAACAACAUCCACACAGUCUGAAAGGGAAAUGACAAGUUCUAAUCCUUUCUUUCCAGAAACGGAUGUUUUAGACAAUCUGGGGACGCAGACCACCAAGACCGGCAGUAGCAGUCAACCUGGGGUUCAGGAAGGACAGGCCACUGUGCCAAGUAGCCCCAGCUCUCUCUCUAUGGAGCAGGGCUCAAGAGAAGCUGCCACUGACCCAGCAACUACCACUGUUCCUUUCUUUUCAUUAAAAGUAGAGCCUGAAAUUCAAGUUAAAAAGGAAAUAGCUAAUACUAUGUCUCCCCAUGUGGAAACUAUAUUACCUUUUGAGCCACCAGGACUAGAUUUGAGUAAUGUAACAGACAGAGGGGUUGCUGAAGUUAUAAGCCAAACAUCCAAGGAAAGCCUUAUGUCGGAGGUUUCAGUAGAAUCAAAUCAUGUGACAGAAAUAAAGGGCUUCUCUACAGAUUUUCCAUUGGAGGAAGACUUCAGUGGUGACUUCAGAGAAUACUCGACGGUUUCUAAAAUCGUAACAAAAGAAGAAACAGUAAUGAUGGAAGGCUCUGGGGAUGCAGCAUUUAAAGAUACCCAGGUUUCACCAUCGUUAAUCCCUACUUCAGGCCACAUCAAUCACACAGCUGACUCAGAAGGACCUGGUGGCAGCUUUGUCAGCACUUCAGCCUUCCCUUGGGAAGAGUUCACAGCCUCAGGUGAGGGCUCAGGUGAGCAAGUGGUCUCAGUCAGCAGCUCUGCUGACCAAGUGUCUCCCAGUGCCGUGGGGAAUGUUUUUGGUACAGAAUCUCCAUUUGUUGACCACGUUUUGGGAGAAGAAGGUACGACUCAAGAAGCUGAUAAGAGAGCCACCAGUUUACCAAGAGCAGAAGCUGAAGGCACUGAAGCUCCAACAGAAAAGGGGGAUGUGAAGGUUGAUGGCACAGUUUCAGUGGACUUUUCCCAGAUGAUAGAGCCAACCAAACUGUGGUCCAGGCAAGGAGUUACUACUGUAGGACAAGAAACUGAAAUCAAAACAACAACAGAGGAAAAGAUUCAAGAACAAAUAUAUUUUGAAUCCCCCCAAAGCUCUGUUGCACCAGAGCAAACCAUUUUUUAUGAAACUGGAUUUCCAACCGCAGAUUACUCUAUACUAACAACAAAGAAAACUUAUGAUGCUGAUGAGGAAAUGGAAAAGGAAGGCACUUUCGUAGUUGACAUGUCUACUCCAGAUCCAGGAGCAAAGGACUUGGAAUCCUACACUACUCUCCCUGAAGUUACUGAAAAAUCCCAUUUUUUCUUGGCUACUACCUCAGUGACUAAAUCUAUACUAGAUGGAAGUAUAGUUACAGAUUCAUCAAUCAAAGAGGAAGAAAAUAUAAAACCCUUCCCCAAAGUUAUGAAGCCAGUAAUUAAAGAGUCAGAUACUAAUUUAUUCUCUGGCCUGGGAUCAGGAGAAGAAGUUUUGCCUACCACAGUGUCAGUGAAUUUUACUGAAAUGGAACAAAUCAUUAGCACAUUAUAUCCCAAGGCUUCUCAAGUUGACAGCUUAGAAACUAGCAUCUCAAGUGAUCCCACUGAAGACUAUGAGGGAAUGGAAAAUGUGGCAAGUGAAAUUGGACUACUCAUUUCUAAAACAGACAACAUCUCUGAAUAUAGUGAGACAGCAUCCAGCACAACUUUAUUAAAAAUUUUAAGGGACACCAGAACGGAAGGACCAUCUUUAGCAACUCUCACCUUCUCUGCAGACACUGAACAGCCUCAAAAUCAGACUCAGAGUUGGGAAGAAGAAAUUCAGACUAGUCAACCACAACCUACCACUGAGGAAAUCUCUAACAAGAAUUCUUCAGUAGCAGAAACUAGAGAAACAAUAACCUCUUCUGCUGACUUUCUGGCUAAAACUUCUGGUAUUGGAAUGGCCAGAGGAUCUGUUAUACCCACAACAAAACCAUCUGACUUGUUUCAUGAAUAUUCCGGAGAAGGAUCUGGGGAACUGGAUAUAGUUGACUUAGUCCACACUUCUGGAACUACUCAGGCAACCAGAAAAGGAAGCACCACAUAUGUUCCUAAUAGGCCCCUGGAGAAACAUCCUGAGGAUCCAAGUGCUAAAACCAUUACUGUUGACGGGUUUCCAACAGGCUCAAUAGUGCCAUCUCUUCAUCUAGAGCAGAAUGAAAGCUCCCCAGAUCCAACAAUCACAGUGUCCAACACAGUGUCAUAUAAGAAGUCCACCGAGAGUGCAGAUAGUUUCCAUCACCAUUUGGGGGGAUUUGAGGAUUCCACCUUAAAACCUGACAGAAAAAAAGCCACUGAAAAUAUUAUUAUAGAUCUGGACAAAGAGGACAAGGAUUUGUUAUUGACAAUUACAGAGAGUACCAUACUUGAAAUUCUACCUGAGCUCACGUCAGAUAAAAAUACUAUCAUAGAUAUUGAUCACACUAAACCCAUGUAUGAAGACAUCCUUGGAAUGCAAACGGACAUAGACCCAGAGACACCGUCAGGUCUACAGGUCAAUAACGAAGACAGCGCUCAAAUUCAACAGAAGCACGAAGCAGCUGCCAACCUAUCCUUAACUGUGGAACCAUUUGAAAGUUCUGGUGAUGCUCUUCUGGCUAGCUACACUCAGGCAGCACAUAAUGAAUCCAUAACUUCUGAAGACAGAAGUCAGUUCAAUUACAUGGGCUUUAUUUUCCCAACUGGGAUCCCCAUCCCAAGCACAGAAACAGAAUUAGAUAUUUUUCUUCCCACAGCAACAUCCCUACCCAUUCCUAGUAAGUCUGUCACAGUUGGCCCAAAUAUCGAAGAACCAAAAACUGAAGCUAAAGCCCUGGAAGACAUAUUUGAAUCAAGCACUUUGUCUGAUGGUCAAGCUAUUGCUGACCAAAGUGAAGUAAUAUCAACAUCGGGUCAUUUGGAAAGGACACAGGAAGAGUAUGAAGAGAAGAAAUAUGUUGGUCCUUCUUUUCAGCCAGAAUUGUCUUCAGGAGCUGGGGAGGCACUAAUAGAUUCUACACCCCAUGUAAGUAUUGGUACUGUCCACCUCACAUCUCAGAGUUUAACAGAAGCACCUCAUGUGGUGGAAGGAUCAAAUCCCCCAGGUUACACAGAUACAACAUCACCAGUGUUGGACUUUGUGAAGCUGUCCCCUGAGACAUCAUCUCCGUUCACUGUGCCCUUAGGCAGUGGAACAUCUGAACACACAGAGAGCCCCCCGUCGAGUGCUCUGCCCAGUGUAGAUCCUGGCACAUCUCAAAUGUCCCUAGGAAAACUGGCAAAUAUUGAGGUGACUUUCCAACCAUCAAGUGAAGCGUACAGUCACAUAACUGGGCCUCCAUUCUCACCUGUUGCUGCAGAGCCAGAAUCUUCAGAAGACGAAACGAAACCCAACUUUUUAGAACAAAUGGAAGCUUUUCCCACAGAACUAAUUGUUGAAGAAGGAUCUGAGAUUCUCCAAGAUUCCCCAAACAAAACCAAUGUUCAACUUUCUGGAGAAACAACCAAAGUAUUUUCUAGUGUGAGAACCCCUGAGGCUGAAACCAUUGUCACGGCUGCAGGUGAAAUUAAGUCAGAAGGUGCUACACUGGGGCCACACCCUACUUCAGCUUCUGCAACCACUGGGACUGGGGCAGGUGUGGUGCCUCAGACCAGCCCACAGACUUCUGAGAAGCCCACGGUUCCUUCUCUGGAAAUAAACUCUGAAACGCAGGCAGCUUUGACCGGAGGGCAGGAUUCCACAGUGACAGCAUGGGGACAGCAAGCGUCAACAAGAAUUCUUGAUUCCAACUCUCAGGCAACAACAGUGCGCACUGCAGAGUUAAAGAUUUCACUUCCAACACCACCACUUUACCUUCUGGAAGCUUCUAAUGAAACCGGCUUCCUGAUUGACAUGAAUGAAGAGUCAGUGGAAGGCACAGCAGUCUAUUUACCAGGACUUGAUCGUUGCAAAACGAACCCGUGCCUCAAUGGAGGCACCUGCUAUGCGACUGAAACUUCCUAUGUGUGUACCUGUGUGCCGGGAUUCACUGGGGACCAGUGUGAACUUGACUUUGAUGAAUGUCACUCUAACCCCUGUCGCAAUGGAGCCACGUGUGUUGACGGCUUUAAUACGUUCAGGUGCCUCUGCCUUCCCAGCUAUGUUGGUGCACUUUGUGAGCAAGACACUGAGACAUGUGACUACGGUUGGCACAAAUUCCAAGGGCAGUGUUAUAAGUACUUCGCGCAUCGACGCACAUGGGAUGCAGCCGAACGGGAAUGCCGUCUGCAAGGCGCCCACCUCACCAGCAUUCUGUCUCACGAAGAACAAAUGUUUGUGAAUCGUGUGGGCCAUGACUACCAGUGGAUAGGCCUCAAUGACAAGAUGUUUGAGCAUGACUUCCGUUGGACUGAUGGUAGCACACUGCAAUAUGAGAACUGGAGGCCCAACCAGCCUGACAGCUUCUUUUCUGCUGGUGAAGAUUGUGUUGUCAUCAUUUGGCAUGAGAACGGCGAGUGGAAUGAUGUUCCCUGCAAUUACCAUCUUACCUAUACUUGCAAGAAAGGAACAGUUGCUUGCGGCCAGCCCCCUGUUGUAGAAAAUGCCAAGACCUUUGGAAAGAUGAAACCUCGCUAUGAGAUCAACUCCCUGAUUAGAUACCAUUGCAAAGAUGGUUUCAUUCAACGCCACCUUCCAACUAUUCGUUGCCUAGGGAAUGGAAGAUGGGCUAUGCCUAAAAUUACCUGCAUGAACCCAUCUGCAUACCAAAGGACUUAUUCUAAGAAAUACUUAAAAAAUUCCUCCUCAUCAAAGGACAAUUCAAUAAAUACAUCAAAACAUGAUCACCGUUGGAGCCGGAGGUGGCAGGAGUCCAGGCGCUGA